CUUGUAGACUAGGCUGGCCUCGAACUCACAGAGAUCCACCUGCUUCUGCCUCCUGCGUGCUGGGGCUAAAGGUUCUGCCAUCACUCCCUGGCUUAAAUCUAGCUUCUUAAUAUGAGGAAAAGUCAUAUUGUUGGAAUCUGGCUUGUUUCAUGUAAUAAUCCAGUUCCAUCCAUUUUCCUGCACAUUUCAUUCUUUACCACUGAAUAAAAUUACAUUGUAUGCAUGCAUGAUGUUUCCUUAUCCAUUCUUCUGGGUAUGGGCUUCUAGGCUGGCUUAAUUUCUAGAUUGUUGCAGUGAGUAUCUCUGCCCACUUUGUGCCUGGAUUUGCUCUCGACCCAGGUGAUUCUGAAAGUCUUUACCUUAGGCUAGUGUGUCACAGCCUUGAACACGGAGAGCCACCUUGCUGACCUUGUGACAGUACGGCUGAAGUUGGGGGAAUACAAUGAAGCCAGAAGGUCCUAGGGCUUCGGUGGGAGAGUGCCCUCGGCUACUCUAAGCUUGGAACUGCUGCAGGUGUGUUGGGCACUGGCCAUUGGUGUGGCUGUGCAGAUCUUGGCUUGGCCAAUUUCUGGUUCUGUCACCAUGAACUGUUACUUUAGUCCCUCAUACCUGGAACUAGGACCAUUUCUUCCAAGCAAAGAAGUGUAGCUGGGGCACUGAGCCUCCCUCUGCCCCCAAGGUUCUUGUUCUUGAUCAAAGCAUUCACAGACGCCGAAGGGGACUUGAGGACAGACAGUUUGAUCUGUGCUAGAGAGGGAUUACUAUGAGCAUAAGGGUCAAAGUAUUGGGAGAAGGUAAAGAAGGGAGACAGCCUCCCCCGCAGUAGAGGUUCUUUUAAAUAGAGUUUGCGAGACACGAGGAAGACUAGGGUCCGAGGCCUGCUUCCUUGUUCAGGGUGCACAGCGGGUAUUAGGUGAAAGAGCAGCUCGAUUCUUUGGAUCCACCAAGGAGGAAGUGUUUAAUCUUUGGCUAGCUAAGAGUUGCUGUGUGUGGCUUGGAACUGGAAGGAAGCUCCACUUAUCUUUUAGCUUUGGGCGCUGACAGAAUAGCACUGUUUACUCUCACCUGCCCAGCUUCACUAGUGGGGCCACUUUCAAGCAUCUGCUCAUUGCUUCAGCUUUAACCCCUAUCAGCCACCACAGCCUGCCUGUGAUCGUUAUCUUCUGAGUUUAUUUUGUAUCUAGCCCCUGAGGGCCAGUGCCUGAACAGGAGCUCUGGGCUGCUUGGAGAGUGCUCUGUAACCUUUGACAUAGAACACACGCACGCAUGCACACACACAUGUACACACCUGUAGAGGUCUGCAGGCAGCCGUGGAUCCCUGGAGCAUAUGAAAUCCAUUUCUCUACUACAGAGACUUUGCACUUUCUUACCUCGUCUCCCUGUGUCCAUCUGACUUUAGGCCGCCUCCUUAGGUUAUGACACUGGAAGUGUUUUCUUCAGUGUAGAAGUAGAAGGGACCUUGCCUCGAGUCCGCUCUCCCCCAGUCCUAAUGGGGGACAGGGGCUUCACACACCUGUGGCCCUCACACCACAAGGUCUCAGAGAGCUGACCUUGACAGUCACUCGACCUUCCCUCCUACCUAGCUCCCAUUACAAAGAAGCAGGUUGCACUGCAGCCACCGGUGUGGGUUUGACAGGUCUCAAGUGUGUCUUCCAGCCUAGUGGGCCACAGUUACUCAUUACCAGCAUCGCCUCUGAGGCCGCAUUUAUGAGCAGGAGCUGGUGAGAGAGGAAGAGAACUUCAGUGGGCUGUGAGAGCCUGAUAUUGAAGAGACUUCAGGGUGCUGCCCGAGCUGGUUGGCAGCUAGGAUUGCCCAGAUGUGACACCAUUAUGCCUUAGCCUGCAGAAGUUCUGAGACCUAUCUUUCCAGCAGCAUCUGGUCUGGUCCUCCCACCCACAUUGAUAUUCAGUGGACAUCCUCAUCAUGGAUGACGACGACGUCCCCAGCUGGCCCCCGACCAAGCUGUCCCCACCCCAGUCGGCGCCUCCGCCUGGGCCCCCGCCUCGGCCGCGGCCUCCCGCACCCUACAUCUGCAACGAGUGCGGCAAGAGCUUCAGUCACUGGUCGAAGCUGACCCGACACCAGCGCACGCACACAGGCGAGCGGCCCAACGCCUGUAGCGACUGCGGCAAGACCUUCUCGCAGAGCUCGCACCUGGUGCAGCAUCGGCGCAUCCACACAGGCGAGAAGCCGUAUGCCUGCUCUGAGUGCGGCAAGCGCUUCAGUUGGAGCUCCAACCUUAUGCAGCACCAGCGCAUCCACACGGGCGAGAAGCCCUACACCUGCCCCGACUGCGGCCGCAGCUUCACACAGAGCAAGAGCCUGGCCAAGCACCGGCGCUCACACAGUGGCCUCAAGCCCUUCGUGUGCCCGCGAUGCGGCCGCGGCUUCAGCCAGCCCAAGAGCCUGGCGCGCCACCUACGGCUGCACCCAGAGCUGUCAGGGCCGGGUGUGGCGGCCAAGGUGCUGGCGGCCAGCGUGCGGCGCGCCAAAGCGCCCGAGGAGGCUGCGGCGGUGGACGGCGAGAUCGCCAUCCCAGUGGGUGACGGCGAGGGCAUCAUCGUGGUGGGCGCACCGGGAGACGGUGCUGCAGCAGCCGCAGCCCUGGCCGGAGCAGGGCAGCGGGCACCGGGGCCGCGGUCGCGGAGGGCUCCGGCGCCCAAGCCAUACGUGUGCAUGGAGUGCGGGAAGGGCUUUGGGCAUGGGGCCGGGCUGUUGGCCCACCAGUGCGCACAGCACGGGGACGGGCUGGGGGCAGCGGGUGGCGAGGAGCCUGCACACAUCUGCGUGGAGUGUGGUGAGGGCUUCGUGCAGGGCGCUGCCCUGCGGAGACACAAGAAGAUCCACGUGGUUGGGGCGCCUUCGGUCUGCAGCAGCUGCGGACAGAGUUUCUAUCGGGCAGGUGGGGAGGACGACGGCGAAGAUCAGUCGGCCGGUGCGCGGUGUGCCGAGUGUCGUGGUGGGGAGGCCCGGUAGGGACGGGGGUGCCCGAGGGGUGGGCAGGGCCCCUCGGGCUCAGUGGGGACUAUCAGCGAGCAAGACCACGAGGCCCAGGGAGAACCGGACCGGGAGGAUCAGCAGCUUCGCUCCUUCCUUGGCCCACGCUGACCCGGGUGUGAGGGGUCCCGCAGUCAUCGGGGCAGGUUCUCAGGACUGCCCACAGCCUCUCUGCUGACUGGCACCGGCCCUGUGUAGGUUCCCACCCUGGGAACCAGAGACUAUGUGAGAGAACUGUGUAGAUCAAUCGGCACAAGACCCUCAAUAGAGAGGCCAUCCCCCACUGCAGGUGUGGGGCUGCGGUGUCCUAAGGAAUGGAGGGAUCCUGGCCUUGUGCACCAAGAGGGUCUUUCUUCCCUUCUAGAAUUUUCUUUUAAUCAUACCUUUUUGGCCCUUCCCGUUCAUUAAUUUUUCUGUCCCAUGGGCCCUUGUCGAUUUUCUAGCCCAAGUCGUUCCUCUCCCUCCUGGAUUUGCAGUAGCAGAGGAGUGAAAAAGUAGCCUGUUCCCAUCACGGUCUCAUUGAGAGGACAGAGUCCUGUGUGCUCCCUGUCCUGACGGUGAAGAAGGGAUGUGAGGGCAAUAAAUGGCACUAUUCAAUUGA